AUGAACUCAGCUUCUAGCAAUUAGUUGCUUCAAAAACUUCAAAAUUUGUAUUCUACAUAAAAGAAAGCUAGCCAACACUCACAUUCACCAAUUAAGCCAAUUGCCACUAAAGAAAUCAACUAAUUGCUGUAAAAGUCAUCACCAGUCCCUUACCUUUAAGUCAAACAAUAUGAUGUAGAAUAAUGGACUGAUCGUAUUGUUAGAUAAAUAGAUAAGCAUAAUUCAUUUACUUAAAAUGAAAUUCCACUUGAUAUACAACCUUAAAAAUACUCUAAUAUCAAUACACCUAUUGAACAAUCCUUGAUUAAAUCACUGGCACAUAUUGAAAAAUAGCUUAAAUAACUUAGAUAUUCUAAAGAUCAUGAUUAACAUACCUUUACAACCAUUAUAACAAAAAUGAAACUCUUUUGUCUUGAUAAUUCUACAAUUUGCUUUGAUUUUUAUAGAUGUACAGAUCUUAUUCUACUCAAAUUCAUGAUUUAUCUUUUAAUCUUAGAAUUAAACCAAUAAUCUAAUAAUAAUAAAAAAGAAUAAGUAUAAGAUUAGACUUAGCAAUUUCAAAAUAUGGUUAAGGAUAUAGUAACUAUUGUGUAUGAAAUCAUAGAAGAAAUAAAAUCUAAAUAGCAUAUUAGUACUUAAAUCGAUAACCUUAAUAAUCAAUUAACUAAAAUAUAAAAUUCAUUUAAACCUUAAUAAAAUUAUAAUAGUUCUUUAAAAACUAUAAAUAAAUCAUCUCUUCAUCAUAGAUUUAAUAGUUGCAAUUUAGAUAAAAAUAAUAAUACAUCAAUACAUUAAAAUAAAUUAUCUACUGAAAUUAAUCUAAGUAAUAAUCAAUUUAAAAGUAAUCCUUAAUUAAAUAAUGGAUCAUAAAAGAUUAUUAAAUAUUAAAUUGAUGAAUUAGAAUAGAAAUCUAAACUUAUUACAUCAUUAAAUGAAUAAAUUUUGAAAUUAUAAAAUAAUAAUAAAAAAUAAAUUAUUUCAAUCACAGAUUUAAAUGCUUAAAAUGAAUCCAUCAAAUCUUAAUUAAAAUCCAAAAUUGAUGAAGUAUAUUAUUAAAUUAUUUAUAUUUUAUAGAUAGAACAAUUAAAAAGAUCAAAUGAACUUUUAAAAUCAAGUAACCAACUUUAUUUGGAAGAAAAAGAACAAUAUUUUAAUCUAUAUCAUGAUUUUGAAUUAGAAAACAGCAAACUCAAAUAAAAUCUUGAAAAAUAUAAAGUAAUUUAUAAAUAUUUAUAUUAUCUAGACUGCUCAUGAUUAAAUUAAGACUCAAUUUGAUAAAUAUUAAAAUGAAACCUACACAUAUUAUUAAUAAUAAUGUAAUCAACUUUAAUAAACCAAAGAUAAUGAGAUAAAAUAAUUGAAAAUUGAAUUAAAUGAAAAAUCAUCAAUAAUAGUAUUAAUUAAUAUUACUCUUUAUAGACAUAAUUAGUAGGGGAUACAAUAUUUUUUGGGAAAUAAUACAAAAAUAUAGUUGAAAGAAUAGUUAAUAUUUCACAGGAAGACUUAGGUAAGGAGAUGUUAGAAUUAUAGAAGGAGUUGUUUGUUUCUUAAAAUACUUUGAAUGCUAAGCUAAAUGCUAUAUCUAGUUAUUCAGAUAAUAUCAUGUAUGAUUCUGGCCAAGAAUAUCUAUAAUAGAGUUAAUUAUCUAAUUUGAUGGUAAACAGAACUGUAUCAUCCAAAAGUGGAUAUCAAUAAAAUAUGAAAUAAAGCAAAGUAUAUGAAUUGUUAAAUGGAUAAAAAAAUUAAUUUGAAUUGAUGCAUAUGCUUUUAAUGUAGAGUUAAGUACUUGAGUAAUUUUUAUCAUGA